AUGCAAGCCGACGAUCCUCAGCCGCCAUUAUGUCGAGCUGCGGGUCUGCUUCUGGCCAUGGACAGCCAUGGACACAAGGGCCGUGACGCCAGGUUCGAAAAGGCAGCGGCGGACGCAAACUACCAACAAAUCAACGUCUCGUGGCGACGCGACAACACCCCUCGAACCCGGAGGUUAUCAGAUGACAGCCGCGUGCCUGCAUGUUUUACUCUCCGCACCUUGGCUCUUCACAUGGCCCAACGUUGCAGCCGCGGGGGGCGAGACAAGACACGACCGCUGCAGACCGUCCACAUACACGAGGGCUACACCCCCUCACGCGAGCCGGAGCCGGUUCGGCAACCUGGUCGCCCAGCAGACGACCCGCUGCCGAUCACCUCGCCUUGGCCUCCAGUCUUCUCCGGUCCAGGCAGGUGUCGCACCGCCGCCGCAACCACCCUUUAUGGUCUUCAUAUAAGUGUUGGCGUCACGCGGCGGUUGGGCCAUGGUUUGCUCGACGCGGAUUGGCCCACGGGCCGGGGAGAGGGCACGUCUUGUCGACGGCGCGACGCACCACGCGACCGUGAGUAA